AGUCGUCACAUCCUCUCCACUUCCUGUUUAUGUUAGCGGUUAGCAGCCGUUAGCAGCAGUCCAGUCCAUCCGCGCAUCGAAUGAAACACUCAACAUAUUCAACGGUCUCGGCUCCGCUGGGACACAAUCGAAUAAGCAGUGCCCUGACCCUAAUACAAAAAAAAAACUGCUGAUGGCAGGUAGUCUCCCAUGAGGAUGCAUUAAGCAUCCGAUUGCCUGAUUGACCGCUGUUCCAAGUGAGCCAGCCAACGCAUGUCGCGGAUCAGGAGCACACUGGACAGCGUCACCAAGGCUGUCGGCGGCACGGACCUCAUCGCCAAGUUCUCCCGCCUAAAGCCCGGGAGUCCCGCGGAAAAGUCUCCGGUCAAAGCCGAGACCCCCAGCAGCGGAGCGGCGGCCUCGGCGGCUGAAACCGCCGCGAGGGAAGGAGAAAAAGAAGAAGGCCGCGAGAGGACCAUGGCAGAGGAAGACCCGGACAAGCGACGCCAGCGAGUGGCGGGAAGUCCUUCCGCCGGCGCCAAGAAGUCCACGCCGGGCCCAGCCUCGGCAGAGAACGCGGCCGUGGCCAAACAGUCCGGGCAGCUGUUUCACCCGGCAGCUCUGUCCAACACCAUGGAUGACACCUACAAAACUCUAGCCGAGCACAUCAACAGUUACUUUGGCACCGGCACACAAGAGGAAGAAGGAGACAACGGGGCGCCGCAACAGCGCCAACACACAAAAGCGGGGGGCCCCAUUUCCGGGCCCGCUCGGGCAACUCGGGGCCACGCUCUGGUUUCGUCUCCAGUGGCCGGGGCCAAAGGUAUCGAAGCGCCCGCUGCUUCUCCUCCCCCUCCUCGCUCAACGGGAGAGCUCGGCUCCCCGACGAGGACGGCGUCCCCCGACACCCCCGCAGCUCAGCCCGUCCCCGCUGCCGCCUCCAAAAAAGGCUUCACCCGCUACCUCUCCUACCCGCGGCCCAGCGUUCAGGCGUUCGUCGGCAGCUACAUCACGCCCCUGGUCCCUAAAUUCCGAGGGGACUCCAGAAGCAUCGCGGCCGAAGGAGACAAGCCUCCCGAGGAAGAGCCCGCCGCGGAGAAGAAGCAGAAGGCGGACAGCGACGGGAAGAAAGCGGACGAAGUGAAGCGCCAGCUGCUGAUUCAAAGAGAGAAGAUAACAGCCAGGGUGAGCGUAGACAACAGGACCAGAGCCCUGGUGAGAGGCCUGCAGAGAGUCACCGAUGUCCAGCUCCUCACCAGUCGAGUGGAGGAGCUCAGCUUUCACCUCCUGGAGUUCCCGGAGACGCGAGGUGUAGCCAUCAAGGAGAGUGUGUUGCCCUGCCUGCUGCGAUUACGCCAAGCCAGAGACCUCCCUCUUCAGGCUGCUGUGAGAGAGGCACUGGCCCUGGUGGGCUACGCUGAACCAGUCAAAGGCAGAGGAAUUCGGGUCCUGGCUAUAGACGGAGGUGGAACAAGGGGACUGCUGGCACUGCAGACUCUGCAUCAACUGCAGAACCUGACCGGCAAACGAAUCCACCAGCUGUUUGACUACAUCUGUGGGGUCAGCACAGGAGCUAUCCUGGCCUUCAUGCUGGGCAUUUUUCAGAUCCCCUUAGAGGAGUGCGAGGAGAUGUACAGGAAGCUGGGCUCGGAUGUCUUCAAACAGAACGUCAUCGUUGGGACCGUUAAGAUGGGCUGGAGCCACGCGUUCUAUGACAGCGAGAUAUGGGAAAACAUCCUCAAGGAACGGAUGGGUGAGGGGCGUAUGAUUGAGAGUGCCAGGGACCCGCACUGCCCUAAAGUGUCAGCAGUGAGCACUGUUGUGAACAGGGGCCUACCGCUCAAGGCCUACACGUUUAGGAACUACAGACUCAUGCCGGGAGUGAGGUCCCACUACAUUGGAGACUGCAACCACAAAAUGUGGCAGGCUAUCAGGGCCUCUUCUGCCGCUCCGGGCUACUUCAAGGAGUUUGUCCUGGGAAAAGAUCUGCAUCAGGACGGAGGGCUGCUGAUCAACAACCCCACGGCUUUGGCCAUCCACGAGUGCAAGUGUCUGUGGCCCAACACACCGCUGCAGUGCGUGCUGUCCCUGGGCACCGGGCGCUACGAGGCGGCGGACAACAACGGCACGACCUACACGAGCCUCAAGACCAAGCUCAGCCACGUCAUCAGCAGUGCCACCGACACCGAGGAGGUGCACACCAUGCUGGACGCACUGCUGCCCCCCGACACGUACUUCCGCUUCAACCCCUACCUGAGCGAGGACAUCCCGCUGAACGAGAGCCGCGGGGAGAGGCUGAACUUCCUCAAGGGCGAGGGGGAGCGCUACCUGCAGCGCAACGACGCCAAGCUGAGGCAGGCGGCCAGCGUGCUGGGCCAGGAGAAGAGCGCCAUCCAGAGGCUGGCCGAGUGGGCCAAGCUCAAGGCCAACAUGUACGAGGGGCUCCCCUUCGUCUCCAAGCUGUAGCCGUCGGGCGCGGCAACGGCGCGACCGCGAGUUACGAAGGUAAGCAGACACGGAGCGGGACUGCUCUGAAGACACGGAAGACAAAAGGGGCAAACUGGACACGUUGUUUGGUCGUCAACGUAGCUUUAAAAAGGACUGUAGAGAAGUGUGAGUUAAUUCAUUAGGCAAGAUGACAGUAUGCCGUAAACAAUAGUGUGAAAUGACAUGUCUCUUUGGGACAGAAUGUGUGAGAUGGAGAUGGAAUAAUACACUUUGAUCAGAAUGAAGCAAGAAAGUACAAUAUUUAUGUCGUUUAAAUUUAUGAAUUUUAGGCUGUCGAUUGACUGAACGCACAAUGGGACACAAGAAUAAUGAAUAUAACUUAUUUUGUAAAAAAGACAGUAACUUGAAUACAUUAAGUAUUAAAUACAUGAUUGCACAUAAAAAGUUUGACUACCUAUUCAUAACGGGGAGCAAUGAAAUCAUGCACUUUGUAGGAAUCUUAACCAUGGAAAUGUAAUUAGUAUUUGAGUGCUAGAAAUAAGAAUACAACAAAACUAACACUGCUGACUCUUGAUAUCACUGUGCUGUAUUGACACAUACUGAUAUGGAAAUCUAUUUCUGAUACUCAUGAUAAUGUGUCGUAAUGCAAUCACUUUUUCUCCGUGAGCCGUGAUACAAAGCAUGCUUUCCAUUGUUUCCCAUUAUCCACUACGAUGCUUUUGCAUUUUAACCGAGCUGAAUUCUGGCUUUCAGUGUCACACACUUUUUACAUUGUGAGAAUGCUAGAUGCCCCAAUGCCUGCCUUCUUCAUUGCUUUGGUGGAAUAGAAUAAAACUUGGGUUUUCUUUUCAA